AUGGCUACGGCGUCGACAAGCCUUCCUCUAGGGAAGGUAUUGGCCUCAACUGAUAAAAAGACGAGAGACAAGGCAAUCAAGAACCUUUCAGCCUUUCUCUCUCAGUCUGGAGAAAAUGCCAUCUCCAAGCCCGACAUGGACAAACUGUGGAAGGGAAUAUUCUACUGUUUCUGGAUGUCAGAUAAACCUCUAGUCCAACAAGGGCUUGCCUCAGAACUCGCGGAGCUCCUGCUCACCAUUCCUUCAAAUAAUGAAUCCAUUGCCUUCCUCCGUGGCUUUUGGGAGACUAUUGUCAGGGAAUGGAAUGGAAUCGACAGACUGAGGAUAGACAAAUACUACAUGCUCGUUCGAAGAUUCGUUAAUGCCUCUUUCCGGUUACUGCAGAGGGCGAAAUGGGAUAAGAGUAUAAUCGAGCAGUAUACUGAAAUAUUGAACAAGGCUGGCGGUCCUUUGUGCCCGGUUGAUAUCAAGGUCCCAACAAGUCUUUCGUACCACCUUGCGGAUAUAUAUCUCGAGGAGCUUGAAAAGGUUCAACGGAAAGCGACGGAAGCGGACAAAUUACACCCCAUACCUCUCCUUCUCAUCCUCGAACCCUUCUUCACACUAUCGGCGCAGACAACUUCAAAAUUGACUUUCAAACGAGUCGAAUCGUCCCUUUGGCGCCCGUUAUUUGUCUCUCUAUCGUCCCAGUCGGACGAGCAAGAUGAAGAGGACGACGGACGCCCGAGGAAACGAGCGCGUCUCGACGACGAUGACUUGAGCGCCGUGAUAGCAAACUCGUGUUUACGAGAUCCGUCCUCUGAAAAACCUCUAUCUCGAGAAGACCUACGAAAGCAGCUGCGGAGAGCACUGUUCGAUGUUGCCAGUCGGCCCGAGACCCGCGAUUCUAGUCGAAGACAAUUAUACGUCUUGUACAAGGACGAGGAGGGAGAAAGUGACGACGAUGACUAA